AAUAUUUUAUGUUACAGAACUAACGUCACCGCUAUAUCUCCACUUAACGUGGGUACCAGGUGGGCAGAUCGUGGGCAGGCUGUGUUGAGCAAAAGACAAUUCUUUUUAUCUCAUUGAGGGACCAAACCUUGUUAAUUGGAUACCGAGAGCGAACCACUAAGGACAAUAGCAUCAGUAAGGAUGUGUGAGAGAACUUAUUUUAUUUGGUGUUUUAUUAGCUCUUACAGCCUGGUCGGACCGUCCAGCAAAUGGCCUAAGUAUAUCAUGUCAAGUACUGACCCGUGAUGGACUUCUCGGUCUUCAGUAAUUGUAAAGCGGGCACACCCGAUCGUUCCCCGGAAUGGAUGAUUUACCUGAAAAAUUAUCGCCUAGAACUGAACUUCCCUUACAAUUAUAGCAUCGAUUUCCUACAGUAAGACGUUGGUCUCAUUGGUAUUCACGCCGAGUAAUGGGCCUCGCGCACAACUUACUAUACAUACGAGGUUGCUAACGAAGCCAGUCAAAUUCUGCGCCCUUUACGCAUGGAGAGCGACAGGCAGCGCAGGGAUAUGCAGGAGCAUAAUCACUUGUUCAUGUUGGUGUAGGUUUUACAACUUUAAAAAUCGCUAGUCGUUAUUCAUCAUUUUGGACGAUGUUGAUGUCUUUCUCUAUAUAUAAUGAUUUAAAUGCACAUAACAAGGUAUCGUCUUGGGGUUAAAAUGUGCAUGGCUUAGUUUCCUAUUCAGGUUGUGGCUUUAUCUCAGAUUCUAAGGCGAGGUUUCAAUAGAUAUGAAUUUUAUCAGACUUGCUAUAAAUUCAAUUUUAUCUUAUUCGAUUUCACUCCUUGGCUGUUUAACCAAUGUCGAAGAAAACAGCAAUUUGAAAUCUUGAUAUGGGGAACAUUCAGGACUAUAUCCUGCUUGUCAGUGUAGUUAAUUAGAUAUCGUGGUCAGUAUAUGGUUGUUACACCACCAUCAGACCGGUGAGCGGAUGGUGUAAUCUCCGUUGUGUGUCAAGAAUAACUUCGUAAGAAAAGUCCGGGAAUAUGUUACCUCGGAGUUGACAAUUGACAAGUAUGCCCGCAGGCAGUCCGACGUCCGAUAAAUACGUGGUUUACACCGUGGAUACGGAGGAUAGUAGUUCCGGACUGGAGGACGGACAAAUUGUGUUCCGCGACCCGGACGGUAUCAAUGGGCUUAAAAGGAUGCCACUCCGCUCCCUUUCGUCCGACUCCUGGGGGACAUACUGGUCCAGAAGGGAGAAAUGUUGCUGUCUGUGGAACGUUUUUCUCAUUCUCAUUGUCAUCACUUUAGCUGUCGUCUUUAUUGUAAUGCAUAAGACACUGACAGAUCAGCAACCGGAACCGGACAACUCCAGUAUCCUACAGACAGCCUCCGGGCAACCGGACGUAACAGACAGACACGUCACCCCGGCACCUCUCGCUCCCAGGGAGACGAUCUGUAGCAGUCACGACUGUGUACGACUGGCGGGCUCCAUCCUCUCACACAUGGAUACCGACGUAGACCCGUGCGAGGAUUUUUAUGAGUAUUCAUGCGGAGGAUUUCAGAAAAUGGCGUACCUUACUUGGGAAACACCACGGGUUCGGGAGAACCCCGAUAUACUUUUAACAAAGUACGAAGAUUUUUUAAAAGAUCGAUUGUCCGCACCAAGUGACCCGUUAGUAUCCCGACACGAGAAUAAACUAAAGACUAUCUACCGCGCAUGUCUACAGAGACAGAACACUCCCCUUGGUACUAUCAGGUCUGCAAUUCAGGAUCUGGUCACCGCACAUAACGUUUCUCAGCUAGAGGCAAACGAAUUUACAUUGACGAAACUCGUAGCUAUGGUGACAAGAAAUUUUGGUGCUUCGCCAUUUUUCAAGGUUAUGGUGGACAGGAACCAGAAAAUAUCUAUCCUCAACAACUAUUCAGAUGACGUCAUCAGGGAGUUGUUUGAUGACGAUGAAAUUGUUUCCAAUUUUCGACAUUUGAUGCCAAGCGAGUUAUAUUAUCGGAGUUAUACAUCUGACAAAGCAAUACAGUCGUAUAAGAUGUUCUUAGAGACAGCGACAAUGACCAUUCUUGAUUCACACGAAGGGGACGAUUUUACCAGAGCUCUGAUCAAUAAUUUGGAUUCUGUUUUUGAAUUAGAAAUGGCGCUGAACAAGAACUGGUACAAAGAUGAGAACAAAAAUGUUUUCAGAUCCAUAGAAAACUGUGAUUCAAGAAUGAACAUAUCAAGAUUGCAAGCAGAAUUUCCAAGAUAUGGAAUUUCUUGGGAAUUGUUUUUCAAUCUGUUACUAGGAGAGGGCCGAAACGUGACAGGUGGGAUGGAGAUUUGCUCCGUAGACCUUUCCCCGUCGGUACAAAGUGUGAUUACACGAACGGACCCACUUACCCUCACCCAUUAUGUAUGGAUACAUACACUACUACACACAGAUUUAUACAAUAUAUAUGCACACAAAAUCAAGCCUUUUAAUUUUUCUACUAGUAUUUAUAACAUUCCAAACCAUUCCAACGACGAAGCAAAAUGUAUAGCGUAUUUAUCCACUGUUUUACCUUUAUCGGCGAUUAUCACCUGUUCCGAAACUGAUGUGUUUGAAAAGGAAUCUCAAAUGCUAUUUGUGAACUUAAAACAGACCUUGAUAGAGGUCAUGGACGGUUUAUACUGGAUUCCAAGGAGCCAAAGGGAGGCAGUGGCUGCCCACAUGGAUAACAUCACUCUCCAUUUUGAAUGGACGAAGUGGAAAGCAUUGAUCGAGAGAGGAGUGUUUGACAUCUCCAAACUAACUGGUGGUUAUAUCGACAAUAUGAUAGAAAUAAUUAGAACUAAACACAAACUCUACAUAACAGGGAUUAAGAUUUGCCCGGCGUGGAGGCUGACAAACAGCAAGUUUGUGAAAAAAUACCAGUCAGUAGAGUUGUCUGCGUCAGCCAUCCAGGGUCCACUAUUUUAUACCCCCGCUACAGUCCCCGUAACGUAUGGAUCUACAGGGUGUCCUCAUCGCCCAGACGUUGGUCCAGGCAUUCGACAUCGACGCGUUACUGUUGCACUUCAUGACUGGCCUGAUCGACCGCCGGGUGCUGUUUACAAUGGCUCAUCAUCUCCAGUGUCUGAUAGAUACAUUCGACAGGUAUUAUCUCAUUGACACCCAAGGCGCCAGGCACCAGGUUCGGGGAGACCUAACUAAGGGUCAGAACUUUCAGAGAUACUCUAGCUUUACAUGUAGCGUUUAGGGCUUAUAGACGAUCAUUUGACCGUGGCUACGACAGAAUGGUACUGCCUGGCCUUAAUCUCACGGACCAUCAACUCUUCUUUGUUACGUAUACACAGACCAUGUGCGAGAAAGUGAACGCCCGAGGAGUCGAGUUAUACUACAUGGAUAGCAACCAUCCUGUAUUACCGAGAUAUAUCAGAGUUCAUGGAUCGCUUUCCAAUUUUCCAAAAUUUUCAGCAGCUUAUAAAUGUUCUAAAAAAAGUCAAAUGAACUCCGAUUCGAAAUGUAUUGUGUUGUGAAAUUGUAUUGUAAAUGUGAACACUAUAUACUGUAUGAUAUUAUGAUUAUUAA